GCUCGAGGGCGGCGGCGGCGGCGGGGGCGGCGCUCUGGCGGCGGCGGCGGCUCUCGGUGGUUACCGGCGGCUCCAUGUCGGGCUCGGAGGAGGAGGCGUACAGCUCGGCCGAGGACGAGGACUACGUGCCCUCGGGCGCGGAGUACAGCGAGGAUGACUGCAGCGAGCUGGUGCAGGAGGACGAGGAGCAGCGGGCCCGGGCCGGGCCGCGGGCAGCCCGCGGCAGGAGCAGCCCCCGCCGCCCCGCCGGCAGGAAGAGGAAGAAAGGAGGUCUCGUGCUAGAGCCCGAUGAGAAAGAGGAAGGAAAGACUCAGGAAAAUGAAGAGGAGGAGGUGGAUAACUUAAAGCAGGGAGAAAAAGACAGAGAAGAAGAAGAGAAAAAGAAGGAGGAUGCGCUUUGGGCCAGCUUCCUUAGCGACGUGGGACAGAAGCCCAAAGCAGCGGUGGCCACACAAGCUGCCAAGGCUGCAGAAGAGAAGAAUGUGAAGAAGCUUCAGGAGAAACCAAAAGACUCCGAGAAGCCAAAAGAUUCAGGAAAAGUGACGAUCACCAAAGUGUUUGACUUUGCUGGUGAGGAAGUCAGAGUGACUAAAGAAGUGGACUCAACCUCAAAAGAAGCAAAAUCUUUUCUGAAGCAGCAAGAGAAGCGGCAGUCCUCGGCUCCAGCUUCCCUCCCGACAGGCUCUGGGGUGAAGAGGCCGAGCGGUAUGAGCAGCCUCCUGGGGAAGAUCGGCUCCAAGAAGCAGAAGAUGAGCACGCUGGAGAAGUCUAAGCUGGACUGGGAGAACUUCAAGGAGGAGGAAGGCAUCGUGGAGGAGCUGGCGAUCCAUAACCGAGGGAAGGACGGGUACAUCGAGAGGAAAGCGUUCCUGGAGCGCGUGGAUCACAGGCAGUUCGAAAUCGAGCGCGACAUCAGGCUGAGCAGGAUGAAGCCCUGAGGGGCCAGGGACGGCCGUGGGGUCCCGCUGGCUUCCGUGCCCCAGCUGGGGGCUGCCAGCCCCCGCCUGACCACGGGGCACGGGAACCGUUCUCUACCCAAGCCUGUACGUCUCGGCAGGUUUUUCCUUUUACUGUAAUGUUUGGGGAGGGUCUUUGUCAGUGGGCAGGGGGCACUUCGAGGGUUCAGUCACCCGGCUGGUGACAGAAGCGACCCCGUGGCACCGAUCCUUUGCCUCCCCUGGGACGCUGCUGGAGCCAGGGGCACGCGGACAAGCCAGGUUACGGCUCGGCUGACGUUUGUGGUGGUGGGAGAGGAGCUGCAGGAAAGGCUUUGCGGCUGCUGUGCGUGUGCAAGCCCUGGGAUUCGGGGCUGCAGCCCCUCUCCCUGCUCUGCCAGCCCCGCAGCCUUCCCUGCCCCUCUGCGCUCUCGCCCAGACAAAGCCAAACUGUCUGUACUUGUUUGUGGGGUCUGAUGGUGCUGGGGCUUUUUAAGCAAGCCGAUGAAGAAAUCCUCCCUUGUUCGCUCCGUCAAGGAGAUGGGAGCAGCUGCAGCAGGCAGGACGGGCCAGGAUCUGUUCACGUGAAUAAAGUAUUCCAUCCCGAU